AUGGCCCAAGAUGAUCUCAACCAUGGGAACGAUACCCAAGCAAAGCUCGGUCAAGCAGCUGGAGGAACGAUCUAUCUGAUCAUCAUACAAAUCGCAUCUCGAGCCCUGACUUUCGCCGGCAACCAAUUCGUGUUGCGAUAUCUAUCACCACAGCUCCUGGGCAUCGCAGUACAGCUCGAAUUAUAUUCUGUAUCCGUGCUCUAUUUCUCGCGUGAAAGUCUGAGAGUAGCUCUACAGCGUCAGAUCUCUCGCGAGGAUGGUUCGACGUCAACAGACUCGAACGCAGCAUCUUCUGCUCGAGCACGUCAGACUCAGGUCAUCGUCAACCUCUCCUAUUUGGCUGUCUGCUUGGGCAUUCCCCUGACCGUGGUACUUGGCUGGCUUUAUCAACAAGGCCAGAGCGGCAACAUCGACAUCCAGCAAAGCCCCUACUUCAGUCUCAGCUUGCAGACUUACGCCAUCGCUACUCUGAUCGAGCUUCUCUCAGAGCCAUGUUUCGUGGUCGUUCAGGAGAGACUUCUAUACAAGUCUCGAGCAAGGAUCGAGACCACUGCUGCUAUCUCCAAAUGCGCAGCAACAUGCCUGACAGCCUUUAUCGCCAGUCAAAGACAGUUGAGACCAUCAGUCCUGCCUUUCGCGGUUGGUCAAGUCGUGUAUGCAUCUGUUCUAGCUGGCGGAUACAUGGCAGCCGUCCUACCUCUAACAAGCCAAGAUGGUGUCUCAAUAUUCCCCACGAUCGUCCAAAGAAGUCCUGAGUAUCUCUUAUUCCGUUUCUAUAAACCGCUCGUAUCCUUCGCCAGCACCCUCUACGCCCAAUCCGUUUUCAAGCAAAUCCUAACCCAAGGUGACGCCCUCAUCCUAGGCUUUCUCGCCUCCCUAGAAGACCAAGGCGCAUUUGCCCUCGCCUCAAACUAUGGCGGCCUCCUAGCGCGUCUGCUAUUCCAACCCUACGAAGAGAGCAGCCGCAACUCAUUCGGCAUGCUACUGUCAAAGCUAAAUAAAAACGGGCAAGUCGACCCUACCCGCCUGAAAGCGGCAAUACGACAGCUCGGCGAUAUGCUGCAUCUAUACAGCAUCAUUGCCGUGCUGUCAUUCUGUUUCUUGUAUACGCUCCUCCCGCUCCUCGUUAAGAUCCUGGUGGGACCUGCAUGGUUCACGCCCGAUAUCGCGGGGAUUCUGUCCACGUAUUGUUACUAUAUCCCCGUCAUGGCGUAUAAUGGAAUCUUGGACGCUUUUGUUACUACCGUUGCAAGCCCCGCGGAGUUGAGGCAGCAGUCGUUGUGGAUGGGCGCUUUUACUGCAGGUUAUGUCGGGGCGGCAUAUGUCCUGCUUCACGUGCUGGAUUUAGGUGCUAGGGGAUUGGUAUUUGGGAAUAUCUUUAAUAUGCUGCUGCGGAUUGUGUGGAGCUCCUGGUUUAUUGCGAGAUACUUGAAGAGAAACAAUGGCAGCAUGGACAUAAUCAGGGACGUGCUGCCUAGUCCUGGCAUCUUCGUCGUUGGUGCAGCUGCGGCAGGCAUCAUGAGGAGAAAUACAAUCGAAGAUAAACAGAGUAUUGCUGGUGUGCUUGAUAUUCUAGUGGUUUGCGCAACUGGUGGCUCUAUCAUGCAAGUUCAAGAGCGUCUCGUUCAAGAUCUAAGCAGCUGA